CGUUCUGCGUAAUUGCCCAUGGCAAGCUGACAUUGCUUCAAUAGCUAUCAACAUGGCCAUGUUAGGAAAGGUCUGCUCGCGCUUGUGCGUCUCGACGGGUCCCACGCAAGCGGCGACGCGCGCGUUGUUGAACGUGCAUCAUGCUUCCGCUGGUGCCAGCUACGCUCAUGGAUUGACAGCCUCGCCGCAGUGGCAAGUCGCGCUAGCGCGGCGCAUCUCGUGUUGCAGCUCGUCUGCGAAUGGGCAUGCAAGUGCACCGGAGCCGAACCGACCCUCGCAGCAAGGGGAGACAAGCUCCGUGACUGAGGACCGGGCCUCAAGCAGCAAUGGCGCCUCCUCGAGCGGGUCAGCGGGCUCGUCGAAAAGCAACGGCGACGGUGUGGUCAUCACCGUGCCCACCAUGCUCACGCUCGGCCGCGUCGCUGCGAUCCCGGUGCUCAUCGCAGCCUGGUACUGGCAGUCUCCCCACUCGGCGCUGGUGACCACGGCGGUGUUCGCCGCGGCCUCACUCACCGACUGGCUGGACGGAUACCUGGCGCGGAAGAUGAACUCCUACAGCGCCUUCGGCGCCUUCCUGGACCCUGUGGCGGACAAGCUGAUGGUGGCGGCCUGCCUCAUCCUGCUGUGCACGCGGCCGCUGGCGGCGGGGCCGGCCUGGCUGGCGGGCAACGACUGGCUGCUGCCCGUGUGCACACUGGCCAUCAUCGGGCGCGAGAUCACGAUGUCGGCGCUGCGCGAGUGGGCGGCCACCGCGGGCCCGGAGGCGCGGCAGGCGGUGGCGGUGAAUGCCUGGGGCAAGUGGAAGACGGCCAGCCAGAUGGCAUCGCUAACGCUGCUGCUGCUGGUCAAGGACGGCGGCAGCGGCGCGGCGGCGGAGGCGGCGGCGGUGGCGGGCGCGGCGCUGCUGCUGGUGGCGAGCUGGCUGACGGUGCAGAGCCUGGCCAUCUACAUGCGGGGGCUGUGGAGGUUCAUGGCCAGGAUGUGAGGGGGGGGCUGUGGAGGUGGUCAGGGCGUGAGGGGGGUUGCAAAGACGGUUGGAAAAGCGGUACAGGAUGGGGGGUGUGGUGGGGGCUGUGGUGGUGGGGGUUGUGGUGGGGGUUGUGGCUGGGGGGUGGUGCUGGGGGCUGGUGGUGGGGGCUGUGUUAGGGGUGAGCAUGGCCUUGUCACUGUGUUAAUGGGCGCUGUUGAUGUCAAGUGGGACUGUGGGAGAAUGCUGAAGCGGACCGUGGAGUGGUGGAUGAGUGCUAUGGGCCGGCGGCAGCUGCGGAAAGACGUCCUGGCAGCGGCCCAUGAACACACGCACGGACACAAGUCGCAGCCGAGUGACUGACACGCGCGAAGAGCGAUUGCGGCUGCGGGCUGCGUGUAAACACCAGCAUGUAACACCGCGACGUU